AUGAACAGAGAGGAUGGGAGGACACCGCAAGUUUCAGUGGGACCAGAAACUACCAUUCCCGUAAAGCAGACUCCUCAAGUCCCAGAAACAACUGCUCCCGUAAAGCAGACUCCUCAGGUUCCUGUGACACCAGAAACUACCAUUCCCGUAAAGCAGACUCCUCAAGUCCCAGAAACAACUGUUCCCGUAAAGCAGACUCCUCAGAUUCCUGUGACCAGAAACUACCAUUCCUGUAAAGCAGACUCCUCAAAUUCCAGUGAGACCAGAAACUACAAUUCCCGUAAAGCAGACGCCUCAAAUUCCACUAAGACCGGAAACUACCAUUCCCGUAAAGCAGACGCCUCAAAUUCCAGUAAGACCAGAAACUACCAUUCCUGUAAAGCAGACUCCUCAAAUUCCAGUGAGACCAGAAACUACCAUUCCCGUAAAGCAGACGCCUCAAAUUCCACUAAGACCGGAAACUACCAUUCCCGUAAAGCAGACUCCUCAAAUUCCAGUGAGACCGGAAACUACCAUUCCCGUAAAGCAAACGCCUCAAAUUCCACUAAGACCGGAAACUACCAUUCCCGUAAAGCAGACGCCUCAAAUUCCAUAAGACCAGAAACUACAAUUCCCGUAAAGCAGACGCCCCAAGUUCCAUUGAGACCAGAAACAACCUUCCCUCCAGUGAAGAUCCCUCAGAAACCAACGACUUUUCCUCCAGUUCAAACACCCACGCCUGAACCACAGGAAACGACCACUGCUGUUGUGUGCGAGGAUGGAGAAGACAGUAAGAACCCUGGAUGUAAACCAGUGGAGGUGACAACUCCAGCACCAACCACCGACUCUGAGCAGAUUAUUACUCGAGGUCCUCAGAAAGAUUGUGUGACACGCUGGUUUAGCAUGGAUAAGCCAUCUGGGAUUGGCGACAUCGAAAUCCUUUUGAACGUCAUGGAUAUGUAUCCCGAGGAAGCUUGCUUUGAUCCAACAGCAAUGGAGAUCCAGACUCUGGAUGGGAUCCCGGCCUCUGAAACCGGACAAGUGUUUGUUGUGAACAAUGCCAGCUUCGGCGUUGUCUGUAUCAACAGCAUGCAGAAGAAAGGAGAGCAGUGCUUGGACUACCAGGUGCGAUUCACCUGCCCUCCAUAUUUCUGCUCUGGUGAAGUCCAUACCACACCUGAACCAGAAUGUGGAGGACCUCCUGCUUUUACUCCCACCCCAGAACUAGUCCAAACUACCCCAGAGAUCCCAGUGAAAGGUAAUGAAGAACCAACCACUCCAGGACCAGCUGUAGUUACACGUCCUGCUCCAACCUGCAACCCAGAACCAGCUCAGACCACAGCACAAACUACUCCGCAAGUUCCUGUCAUUUGCAAGACUCGUUGGUUCAACCAGGACAAUCCUGAGGGCAACGGGGACCAUGAACUCUUAACUGAGCUCCGACAGGUGUACUCCCGAGAUAUUUGCCCCGAACCAACUGAUAUCGAGGCACAGACCGUAAACGGCAUCCCGGCUUCUGAGACGGGUCAAAAGUUCGCUGUGUGA